CACCAGCGGUUUCAGGGCUCCCGAAUAUCUCUCCAUUAGCCCCCCUGACGGUGCUAUCCCCUCUCCUUGACCCCUCUCUCGCCCUCUUUCUCUCUCUUACGCACACCCCUCUCAUCGGUUCCUGUCACGUCGGGUAGCAGCCGGGCAACACUACCACACGACGAGCGCCAGCGGCAGCGGAGACUCGACGGAGACGCAAGGAACGGGGUUGAAGAAUCGUACGCCGACGGAGAGACCAAUCAAGGUUUGACGAACGGCAGGGAUUGGUCGAGGCGCUCCUCUGACACGCAGAGAGCGCGGGCACGUGACAAGCUACCGCACACACCGGCCUUCCGUUGGAUCGCGGCGAGGCCUUCAGUACGAUACCAACCACCCUUCGCGCACGCAACAGGAACGGCGAACUCGCGCGUUGGUACAUUCUUCACCCUUUACUACCGCGAUCGAGUCUCUACCGUUGCCGCGUUAUAAAGCCGUCUGUUAAGUGCAACACCUGUGACAACAUUGAUGCGCAAUUAAUCACCGCGUGAAUAAUUUUAAUGCGCACACUUAUGUGUUACCUCGCAUGUUAUUUCAUUGAGAAGAUACUUUGCAAGGUCAUCUUCAAUGGGGCGCCCCGAUAAGCUGUUCGUUACGCGCUACUGCACGAUGGGCCUACGAGUUCUCUGUAGGUAAUCGCGACUCCUGAGGUCAUAAAGAAGCAGAAGACAGUUUUAUAGCCCAGGCCCACGUGGCCCUCAUAAACUUGACUCGCAGGUCGGUUCGAAUUCAGGCUCGACCCGCCUGCCGCCAGACGUCUGCCUCUCUCUCUAUUAGUCUUGAACCCCUCGUUCAUUAUCGAAUCGCUUAGGGACGUGUUUCUCUCGCGUGUAACAGGUCGUGAUAGUUGUGAAUCGUUCGACGAACAAGGUGAAACUUGUCAGAGGAGCCGGUCCACGUGUGUCGUGCGAUUCUCGUCGUUGUCAUUGCAGCACGAUGACGAGUUUCAAUACUUAAUGACGGCGCGCGUUGUUCAACCGCCUCAACUGAUCGAACACAACGUCAGUGUUUUCGUGAAUGACGGAACGUAGACGUGUAAAAUUGGUAUAGUGACGUCGACGGCAGGUGAAGGUACGUGAAGAAUGAGUUCCUAUCAGUUUGUCAACUCGCUUGCAUCAUGCUACGCGGGUCAACAGCCACAGCAGCAGCCGAGACCGACCGCAAAUUCGCCUGGAGAACCGAUGCAGGCAGCAUCGCCGGCCGGUGGCGAAUACUACAAUCCGAAUGCAGCGUCCACCAGCUAUCCCGCACCUUGCUAUUCGCCUCAACAACAUUAUCCUCAGCAUCCUUAUGCCGCGCCGGCGUCGGGUAUGCAGCAUACAGCACCAACAGGGAUGAUAGACUAUACUCAACUGCAACCACAGCCUCGGCUAAACGCGACCACGACGUCACAGCAACACGGUAUGCACGCUCAACAAUCGCAACAUCAUCAGCAAUCGCAUCAUCCUCAACAACUUCACGCGGAUCCGACGACGCCUCUCCUGCAGGGUGCUUCGGCAUCGUCAGCACCAUCAACGUCCAGCUGCAAAUAUGCUGAUUCGACAUCGUCUACCAGUGUGGCAUCUCCUCAAGAUUUAACCACAUCCACUUCGAGAAAUAGCCCAACGCCCUUAGUGACACCCGGCACUAGUAAAGCUGCAUCAGGAUUGACUUCACCGCCUGGUAGCUCGUCAAGGUCGUCCGUGGCUGCGUCCGCUGCCUCGCCACCCAGUGGUAGCUCGAGGGGCGUCGGCGAGGGAAAUUCAACGCUGACAACAGCAUCUUCCGCUUCGUCGCCCGCUUCCUCCACAUCCAGCACCUCUAGCACGGGUAACAAUUCGUCCAACAAGGGGAACUCUUCUGGCACUAAUCCGCCUCAAAUAUAUCCAUGGAUGAAAAGGGUUCACAUUGGUCAGAGCACGGUGAACGCGAACGGUGAGACAAAACGACAAAGGACCUCAUACACCAGGUAUCAGACGUUGGAGCUGGAGAAAGAGUUUCACUUCAAUCGCUAUCUGACAAGGCGGCGUCGCAUUGAGAUCGCGCAUGCUCUCUGUCUUACGGAACGUCAGAUAAAGAUCUGGUUCCAGAAUCGGCGUAUGAAGUGGAAGAAGGAGCACAAGAUGGCGAGCAUGAACAUCGUGCCGUACCACAUGUCACCGUAUGGGCACCCUUACCAGUUCGCGCCCCACCCCGGCCAGUUCGCUCACUUGGCCACAUAGGACGAGUUCUCGCCCGCCGAGCUCGGAGCACACGCGGUCCGGUUCCCCGGGAUGUACGGCGAGCAGAACUUCUAAAAGGCUUUUUCCGCCUUGGACCCCGCGCUACGUCACGACUACGCUGUCACUUGUGACUUGGCGGGGUCGAGGGGGACUUCACUUCCAGUAGGACACAUGGUGCGUUCCGCUGAUUCCGCAAUGCGCCGAUGCUUCGGAUUGUCGCGCCGGAGGAACGAGAGUAUCCUUCUUUCGUAUGUCAAUAACGUACUUAAAUUAUUUACGCGUGUAGUGUCGGUUCGUGCAUAUACAUUCAGCUUAGCCGUUGGAAAAAGCUAUAUCGAGAGACGAGAGAGAGAGAGAGAGAGAGAGAAAGAGAGAAAAAUUCUUUCCUUCCUGAAGCUGAGCGGAAACAACUCCGUUCUCGCUCGCUUUCGGUCUGCGGACACGCAAGUACUGUCACUGUACGACUUCGAAGUUGAAGAAAAGCCAAAAUUUUCUGCAUAUAUAGCGCCGUGCGCCCGACGUAAUAGACUGGACGCGCUCCGAGGGGCUCUCACGCACAUAAUUAUAAGAUAUUAACGAUGCUGAUGAGAGGCCACCUCAGCGGGUGAGAUAAAACUGAAUCUCUAGUUUAAGGUGUAGAAAUCAGCGAUCUAAGUAAUUAAUUAAUUAAAUAACGAAUUAAUUAUCUUGUCUUGGCUGCACACUGUUUCACGUGAAGUCGAAUGACAGAUUGAUUAAAAACGAAAUUGGUGAAUGUGUUUGUGUAUUUAUUUAUUGUUUCUUCUUCGACGCGUCAUUCUCUUAUUUGGCUCUUUCCGAACGUAUUCGUGGAAAAGGCGAGAGACUCAAGGUAACUUCAAAAAGAAACAUAUUUUUACGUUAAAAAUCUCUAUCAUAUUUCAUAAGACGCGCUCAUUAAUACUCAAAUUAUUCUUCACUGGUCUUGAAGGGAGAAGUGACCUUUAGAAAUUCAUGUUGAUUGUGUAUAAAUUAUGCAGGCUUUAUGAAAUAUUCCUAGAAAAUAAGAAAUGAUUGAAACGCAGUUACAGUUAGUGGAAUAACAACGAAAUAUUCGUACAACAUAAUUUACAUGUGAUUAAAAAUAGCACGAUUAUUGUAGUUAAUACCUACAGAAAUAAUCGUAACUAAAAAUUUUUACAUCCGUGUAUUCAUAAUAUUAUAAUAUUAUAAUAUAAAUAAGAUUUUAUAAUAUUAUAAUAUUUUUCAUAUCAAAUACCUCCUGGAUACAUCCUUAUCUCCUCUUCAAACACUUUUUGUUUCACAUCGCUACGCAAUGCUAGAAGUUACUAAAAAAAAUUCUAUAUCCUAAAAUGACAAAGCUUUUUUGAAAAUUACAACGUCAUUGGUACCAUGCAAUUUGCAUUUGUUUUAUUCUAGAAUAUUAUUUUAUUAAUGAAACGGUGGACAGCUACGACCCUGCAUCUUUUUGUAAAUAAUUUGCAGCAUAAUGUAACCAAUGUCUCCCUGGAGCAAGCCACGUUGUUCCUAUAUUGUCGAUAUGUAGGGAAAUCUCGCGCGGACUUACUAUUUGUUUUAUCCUACCGCAUCAAGCAUUUUAUCGCGACGAUUGAUACAACAAAUGGACUACUAUUGUUUCUCGCGCAUCGACUAUAAACUAACUUUAAUCCACAUAGAAACUUUAUUAGUUUCCAUAACCAUAGUUUAAAAAAAAUCCGAGCUAUUAAAUAAAAUAAAAUAAAAAAAAACAAAAGGAAAUGUUUCAUGCGGUCGAACGGGAUAUGUGACCCCGGAUGCAUUGUGAGUACACGUCUGACUUCGAUGGUGCAAUGUAUGUGCAUGUAGCGCUGAAUAUCUAACGCAAAAUUGCAUGCACGUGCUGCCUGAUUACGCGUAUUUAUCGGCGCAGGAUAUACAUAAAUGUGUGGUUGAGUGUAACAAGAGAAACGUAUUACCCUGCAUGAUUCAAUAAGAAGGAUCCAAGAAAUAAGAUUGGGUAUCGACUAGUUAACCGGGAAGCGAGCGCAAAUGUGUAAACUAAUUAGCUAGUACUCGAGUAAUUGAUUAUCUUGUGAUACGACAGAGAGGAAAAAGCAGUCGCUCUAAUGCUUAUUGAAUUGUCAUAACCGCGCGUUACGCGAUGCAAAUUCGGAAGAAUACAGGGAAUUUAGUAUGUGUGUAUGUUGUUUGAGAUUCUAAGCGGUACAAGCGAGAGAGGAAACACAAAUAAAGAAGAGACCUUCUAGCUAGGCUAGCAUUGAAUUGUACAUAAUUAUUAAAUAUGUAACGCGAUAUCGGACGAGACGUUAUCAUUGUACGAGGCGUUAACGAAACAAGACCUUCCUUUUGUCAUGUAAAUUAUUAAAUUACAUUAAUCUUAAAUAAGAAACUACUCACGGUUAGACAAUAUUUUGCAUUCAAUUAAUUUAAGGUGGAAUAAUUUCGGAACCGUCGUGUAGAAUGUACAAAAAAUUAUUUGUUUCUUACACAAAUGCUGUCAGAAACAACAUAAUUUUUUUUUUUUUCGUUAUCGCCUGGUACGUUAUAUGGAUAUUUAAAUAAAGCAUAGUGAGCAUUAUU